CAGUCGCUGAAGUUCCCACCCGAGUUCAGCACCAAGGUGGACCUGACCAAGGUCAACUGGGACACGCUCAAGCCGUGGAUUGCCAAGCGCAUCACCGAGCUGCUAGGGGGGCUGGAGGACGAGGUGCUCAUCGCAUACGUGUAUGAGCAGCUGGAUGGCAAGAAGACGGUAGACCCCCGGCAGCUGCAGAUCAGCCUGACAGGGUUCCUGGAGAAGAACACCAGCCUGUUCUGCAAGGAGUUGUGGCAGCUGCUGAUCAGCGCCAACCAGACGGGCACCGGCAUCCCGCAGCGCUUCCUGGAUGAGAAGGCCGAGGAGCUGCGGCGCCAG